AACCACCUCUCUCCCUGUCCAGGUACCAGUGUUUUAAGUCAGCCUGGAUGUUCCAGGUGCUCCACUCAGGCUUCAGGUUCCCUAAGGACUACCCCAGCCUGAAGACUGCUCAGCUGGUCUAUGACAAGGAGGUGCAGUGGACCCUGGGAGCCAUCCUGUUUAAGACACGKUUCCUGCCUCUCAGGGACCUCCAGGCAGAGUCAUUUAAACAGGGCCACUCCAACUGGCUGCGUUCCUCCUUCGUCUACAACCACUACCUGUUUUUUGCCUGUAUCCUGGUGGUCCUGCUGGCCAUUCUGCUGUACAUCCUCCGCCUCCGCAGGAUCCACCAGCGAGAACAGAGGCAGGCUGAGGCCCUGGACCUGCUCUGGGUGGAGGAGGGGGAGGCUCUUCUGGCCUGAUCCAGGAUCAGUUUAGACUCUGAAUCUUUCUUGACCUGAGGCCUUGGGUGUGGGGGGGGGGUUACUGAUCUAGGAUGAGUCGAGAUGCUCUCAGUAACUGGUGUUCAUAGCCUGGUAUGCACAGCURUAGGAUCAACCUUUCACCCUCUGAGUUGUAGGCUUGACUGGUGCUCUAUUUGUUAAGAGGCACUGAUCUAGGAUCAGAUAAUCAACCGCAAAUCAUGACCUUGAKUYGGACCAACGGCCUGUUGGGACAAUGAUCUAGGACCAGCUUAGUCACGCUGAAUCAUAACGUUGACUAAUGGCUAGAAAUGCAAUAGCAACGUCAUCCUACAACGAAGGUUUGAA